CAUGUUCGGCUGAGCGUAGCUAUAUAGCGGGCGGCGGGCACGCGUGCCGCGGCAUCGCGCGAGGGACGUCGCCACCUCCUCCCACGCAGCAGCCCUGUCCUCCCGCUCAGCCGCGCAGGUUGAAUCCACCAAAGCGAUGGUUAUGGAGAAGCCUAGUCCCCUGCUGGUCGGGCGGGAGUUUGUGCGACAGUACUACACCCUGCUGAACCAGGCCCCGGACAUGCUGCACAGAUUUUAUGGAAAGAACUCUUCCUAUGCCCACGGGGGCUUGGAUUCCAACGGGAAGCCAGCAGAUGCAGUCUACGGGCAAAAGGAAAUACACAGGAAAGUGAUGUCACAAAACUUCACCAACUGCCACACCAAGAUCCGCCACGUGGAUGCUCACGCAACUCUGAAUGACGGGGUGGUGGUCCAAGUGAUGGGGCUGCUGUCCAACAACAACCAAGCUCUGCGGAGGUUCAUGCAGACCUUUGUCUUGGCUCCUGAGGGCUCUGUUGCCAACAAAUUCUAUGUUCACAAUGACAUCUUCAGAUACCAAGAUGAGGUCUUUGGUGGCUUUGUCACAGAGCCUCAAGAGGAAUCCGAGGAAGAAGUAGAGGAACCGGAAGAAAGACAGCAGACACCAGAGGUGGUGCCUGAUGAUUCUGGAACUUUCUAUGAUCAGACUGUCAGCAACGACUUGGAAGAGCAUUUAGAAGAGCCUGUUGUGGAACCGGAGCCAGAGCCCGAGCCAGAGCCCGAGCCGGAACCUGUGUCUGACAUCCAGGAGGACAAGCCUGAGCCUGCACUGGAAGAAGCUGCUCCGGAGGAUGUGCAGAAGAGCACAUCCCCAGCCCCGGCAGACGUGGCUCCGGCACAGGAGGACUUGAGGACAUUUUCUUGGGCAUCUGUGACUAGUAAGAACCUCCCUCCCAGUGGGGCUGUUCCAGUGACGGGGACACCACCUCAUGUGGUCAAAGUGCCAGCCUCACAGCCCCGUCCAGAAUCUAAGCCUGACUCUCAGAUUCCACCACAAAGGCCUCAGAGAGAUCAGAGAGCCCGAGAGCAGCGGAUCAGUAUCCCUCCUCAGAGAGGACCCCGACCAAUCCGUGAGGCUGGUGAACCGGGAGAUGUGGAACCUCGAAGGAUGGUGAGGCACCCGGACAGUCACCAGCUCUUCAUUGGGAACCUGCCACAUGAGGUUGACAAGUCGGAACUGAAGGAUUUUUUCCAAAAUUUUGGGAAUGUGGUGGAGCUGCGCAUCAACAGCGGUGGGAAGUUACCCAAUUUCGGUUUUGUUGUGUUUGAUGAUUCUGAACCUGUUCAGAAGGUCCUUAAUAAAAGGCCCAUCAUGUUCCGAGGUGCGGUCCGCCUGAAUGUGGAAGAGAAGAAGACUCGAGCUGCAAGGGAAGGCGACCGCAGGGAUAACCGCCUUCGGGGACCCGGAGGCCCCCGCGGCGGGCCGAGUGCUGGGAUGAGAGGUCCUCCCCGCGGAGGCAUGGUGCAGAAACCAGGCUUUGGCGUGGGCAGGGGGAUUACAGCUCCAAGGCAGUGAAUUGCUUGGCUCAGAUCUCUACACAGCACACAGCCCUGGCUCCUGCAGAAUGGUGAAUUCCUACAACCAGCCUUUGGUGUCUCGGAGUAGUCUAUUAUAAACUGCUUGAGUUUGUACAAUUUUAAUUUCGCUUGUGUUCAUGGUGUGUGCUCCCCAACCCCCUCUCCUCCCUUGACCCCUUAGUCCUUCGUUCCCAGUUUUCCGGAAUGAUACUUUAGGAGGAAUAGAUUUGUAAAGAAGAAGAGGAAAGACUGACCUUCCUGCUCACGCUGCAUACACAGACUGGACUUUUACGGCCAUUCCCCAGAGGAGCGUGUCUCGGUUUCACUGACAACGGAUGUUUCAUUUGUUGGGAGACACAGGAUUUGAUAAACACUUUGGAAGCAGGAAAAAUCAAGUCAUGACUCCUUUCUGGUGUGGAAAAAUUGCCUUUUGGCAACUGCCACUGGGUCCUUGCUGGUGUGGCUAACUGAAUAAAAGGUGUUUCCAGAA